UAGUGCCAAGUAGUUGUAUCAAAACUACCGUAUCAAUAUAAUUUGACAACUAGAAUAUAAUAAAUUUAAAGAAAGUUGGACACAAAUCACUUGUCAAUAAAUAGGUACUGCACAUAUAUUAAGUUGAGUUCUAACAUUCCAAAAAGUUCAGACUUCAAGAUACCACGGUAAUAACUAAUUACUAACAGAUAACUAAUGUCCAAUAUGGUUGGACGCAAGUUAUCUGCUCUUAUAAAUUUGGGAUGAAUGUAGUGUGAAGCGGAAAAUCACCAUGUACAAUAAAUUAUAACAUACAUGACCAUGAGAUCGUGCAGCCGUCCGUGAGUUGUUCCUAAUUACUGCAACGGUGUAGGUACAUGAAUUAAUCUGUGGUUAUGUGUACAGUUUGACGUGUUCCGUGUGACAUAGUUAAAUUAAAAUUACUCUAUUUUUUUUCCUCCGGAAAUGAUGGUAACUGGGACAGGUUAUUAAUUCUUCUCAUUAACUUCAACUUAACUCUUUCGUAAACUUCAGCAACUGUUCAGCACACGAAUGCAUUAUUAUACGGUCACACAUUCUUUGCGGUGACAAGACACACGAUGUCGUCUUUUCGCCCAUCGUCCCAGUCGUUGAAAACGACCCAUGUUGUCGUGGUGAAAUUACUAUUGUUAUUUGCAGUGUUUCUUUGCGUUGGGCAAGAUUUCAGCGUCGGCGGUGUCGGAAGUGACCAAUGGAUCAGGUUGUGUACGUUGACGAGCAAUGGGAGCUCGCUGAUGAACGUGACUAUGCCAUGUGGCGUCAACGUUAGAAGUAAUGAACCUAAAGAUGAAUACAAAGACAAUACCAGCGUUUCAGAAAGCUGGCCUGAGGUAGAUGAUUCAGUGGGAUACGUAAAAAUUACACUAGACGGUGGCCGAAACACUACCACCCCAGAAAAAUACCCCGGAAAUUUGACUAACAGACAAGAUAAUGAUUCGACUACCAGGCAAGAUGAUGAUUUGACUACUAAACACUCCAAUAAUAAGACCAGUGAAGGAGACGCAGAAGAAGAAGGAGACGUAGAAGAAGAAGGAGAUGUAGAAGAAGAAGGAGACGUAGAAGAAGGAGACGUAGAAGAAGAAGGAUACGUAGAAGAAGAAAGAGACGAAGAAAUAGACAAAGAAAAAGAAAAAGAUGCAGUUACUGAUGCUGAAGAUAACAAUAACGAUGAUGAUGUAGAAAUCGAUAGUGGUAACGAUGAUGAAGUUCAAUCGACGUACGACGAAGAAGUCACAAUCCUAAAUGUAGAAACUAAUGAAGGUGCUUCCGAAGAGAUAGUAGAUGAAAUUAGUGGCAUGAAAGGUCAACUCAACAAUCGACGACGUGGCACGGCUGUGACCAAAGUGAUGAUUGGGUAUUUGACGGAUGCCCGAAAUCAAUUGUACGACAAGAUACAUUAUUUGUUGGAUUUACUGCAACAGACAUUUUUCAAUUUGAAACUUAACUGUCGACAACGUCGUAAUUCAAUUGGACAACGGAGUUUAUUCAAUAACAAUAAGAGGAUACAGGGGAAUAAAAAAAAUCCGUCGUUUUCCUCUAUGCUCUUAGAACCGACAUUUGAACGUUCAAUGAUGACUAUGUCAUUUUUAAUGUUUGGUGUAUUUGUCAUUCAAGUGGUACAGAAAUUAAUGCAAACGAUACAUCAACCCGGUGAAAACUCUUUCAUAGGUAGUUCAAUAUUUGGUAACCUACCAACAGCAUCAUCGAACAUAUUUUGAAACUAAUCAACGAGUUAAAAGCAAAGAACGUCAGUCACAACAACCUUUUUUAAUGAUUACACAAAUAAUAAAUAUUGGUAUCUAAAUAAUAUAGUGUUAUUACUUUUAUAAUUGAUUAUUAUUUAUUAUUCUACGGUUUAGUUGCAUAAGAUUACCUUAACUGUGAUAUUUUUAUGAAUUAUAGGUAAAACAUUUAAAUUAAUAAUGU